UCGAAGAGGACUAGAAGCUGCGGACGGACGGAGAAAAACUGCAUAUAAACUGCCACAAUGAAAACAACUCUAUAGGAACCUGUUUUUUCAAACGGAGGAGGGGAGCUUUCACUCUGCCAAGCAGCUAAAGUCUACUAAUUUACGCGACCCCAUCAAGAAUGCUUCAUUAAAUUCAACGCUCUCUCUGCCUGGACCGCUUUAAAUCCAACAGCACUGAUGGGACACGGGGGGUUAAAAUAAAUCUCUCUUUUUUUUUUUGGUGAAUGACACAAAUAUAUCAGAAAGCCUACGCGACAGCAACGGAGAGACACACAGGGAAGUGCGGCCAUGGCUGACAGGACUGCUCCCAGCUGCCACCUGAGACUGGAGUGGGUGUACGGAUACCGGGGGCACCAGUGCCGCAACAACCUCUACUACACCGCCGCCAAGGAAAUAGUCUACUUUGUCGCCGGGGUGGGAGUUGUCUACAACACCCGGGAGCACAAGCAGAAAUUUUACCUGGGACAUAACGAUGACAUAAUCAGUUUAGCGCUACAUCCGGAGCGCGUGUUGGUGGCCACGGGACAGGUGGGCAAAGAGCCUUACAUCUGCGUCUGGGACUCCUACACCGUGCAGACUGUGUCUAUCCUCAAGGACAUGCACACGCACGGCAUCGCCUGCCUGGCCUUCGAUCUUGAAGGACAGUGUUUGGUGUCCGUUGGCUUAGACUCAAAAAACACGAUCUGCGUGUGGGACUGGAGGAGAGGGAAGGUUCUCGCAGCUGCUCCCGGUCAUACGGACAGGAUAUUUGACAUAUCAUGGGAUUUGUAUCAGCCAAGCAAGCUCGUAAGCUGUGGUGUCAAACAUAUCAAGUUCUGGAGCUUAUGCGGUAAUGCUCUAACACCUAAACGUGGUAUUUUUGGCAAAACGGGGGAUCUCCAAACCAUCCUCUGCCUUGCCUGCGCCAAGGACGAAAUCACAUAUUCAGGUGCCUUGAAUGGCGACAUCUAUGUUUGGAAAGGGAUCAACCUGCUGAGGACAAUUCAAGGAGCUCAUGGGUCAGGGAUUUUCAGCAUGAAUGCCUGUGAAGAAGGCUUCGCUACCGGGGGGCGGGACGGCUGUGUCCGGCUGUGGGAUCUCAACUUCAAACCCAUUACCGUCAUUGAUCUCAGGGAAACAGACCAAGGAUAUAAAGUAGCUAGAGGUGAAAAUAGCCGAGGCCUGUCUGUGCGCAGCGUGUGCUGGAGAGGAGAUCACAUCCUAGUGGGCACACAGGACAGUGAAAUUUUUGAAGUGGUGGUCCACGAUCGCAACAAGCCCUUCCUUAUCAUGCAAGGUCACUGCGAGGGUGAGCUGUGGGCACUCGCUGUGCACCCCACCAAGCCCCUGGCCAUGACGGGAAGUGAUGACCGCUCAGUCAGGAUAUGGAGCCUUAUAGAUCAUGCACUUAUUGCUCGCUGCAACAUGGAGGAGCCAAUCCGCUGUGCAGCUGUGAGCACUGAUGGCAUCCACUUGGCUCUGGGAAUGAAGGAUGGUUCAUUCACCGUUCUAAGAGUGAGAGAUAUGACGGAGGUGGUUCACGUCAAGGACAGGAAGGAGGCCAUCCACGAGCUUAAAUACUCCCCCGAUGGGGGCCACUUGGCUGUUGGGUCUAAUGAUAACUCAGUGGACAUCUACGGUGUGGUGCAGAGGUACAAGAAAGUGGGCGAGUGCAUCGGCUCCAACAGCUUCAUCACACACAUGGACUGGUCCACGGACAGCAAAUAUCUUCAGACCAACGACGGCAGCGGGCGGAGACUAUUCUACAGGAUGCCAAGUGGGAAGGAGGUGACCAACAGAGAAGAGCUGAAGCUGGUGCAGUGGGCUUCAUGGACAUGUGUGUUGGGACCUGAGGUCAAUGGAAUAUGGCCCAAGUACUCUGACAUCAAUGACAUCAACUCUGUUGACGGCAACUUCAACAAUCAAGUCUUAGUAACAGCUGACGACUAUGGAUUAGUUAAACUCUUCCGUUAUCCGUGCAUAAAAAAGGGCGCAAAAUUUAAGAAGUAUUUGGGUCACUCGGCCCACAUAACUAACGUCAGGUGGUCGCAUGACUACCAGUGGGUCAUAACUAUUGGCGGAGCAGAUCAUUCAGUGUUCCAGUGGAAGUUUGUUCCUGAAAGAAAAUCUAAAGAAGCUCUGCACAUAGCACCACAAGAGACGUUAGCUGACUCAAACAGUGAAGAAUCAGACUCAGAUCAGUCAGACGUGCCUGAGAUGGACUCAGAAAUUGAACAGGAGACACAGCUCACGUACCGACGACAGGUUUAUAAGGAAGAUCUACCUCAGCUCAAAGAGCAGUGCAAAGGGAAACAUCGAGCAACGGCCAUGAAGAAAAAAGAACAUGCACCAGGGAGUGGGAUUAAGCUGCACUUCAUCCAUGGCUAUAGGGGCUAUGAUUGCAGAAGUAACCUGUUCUACACCCAGACAGGGGAGAUUGUCUACCACGUAGCUGCGGUGGGAGUGGUCUACAACAGACAGCAGAAUACUCAGCGUUUCUACAUGGGCCAUGAUGACGACAUCCUCUGUCUGGCUAUCCACCCCCUGAAGGACUUUGUAGCAACAGGGCAGGUUGGCAGAGAUUCCUCAGUCCAUAUAUGGGAUACAGAAACGUUAAAAGCCAUGUCCGUGUUGAAAGGUUUUCACCAGCUUGGAGUAUGCACUCUCGACUUCUCUGCGGACGGCAAGCGGCUGGCUUCGGUAGGCCUGGACGACAAUCACACCAUUGUGCUGUGGGACUGGAGGAAGGGGGAGAAGCUCUCUGCCAUGCGGGGAAGCAAGGACAAGAUAUUUAUUGUGAAAAUAAAUCCCUACCUUCCCGACAAGCUCAUCACCGCUGGUGUGAAACAUAUGAAGUUUUGGCACAAAGCCGGUGGUGGUCUAAUUGGGCGCAAAGGGAACAUGGGGAAGACUGAGACGAUGAUGUGUGCUGGGUACGGCUGGUCGGAGGAGAUGGUGUUUUCAGGCACAUGCACGGGGGACAUUUGCAUCUGGAGGGACAUGUUCCUGAUGAAGACUGUCAAAGCUCAUGACGGCCCUGUUUUCAGUAUGCAUGCUCUAGAAAAGGGAUUUGUAACUGGUGGAAAGGAUGGUAUAGUAGCUCUGUGGGAUGAUACUUUUGAAAGAUGCCUCAAGACUUAUGCCAUCAAGAGAGCAGUCCUAGCUCCAGGCUCCAAAGGGCUGCUACUGGAGGAUAAUCCCUCCAUACGUGCCAUAUCUCUGGGCCAUGGCCACAUUCUGGUGGGGACCAAGAACGGUGAGAUCCUGGAGGUGGACAAGAGUGGCCCCAUCACUCUAUUGGUCCAGGGUCACAUGGAGGGUGAAGUGUGGGGCCUGGCCACUCAUCCCCAUCUCCCCCUCUGUGCCACUGUCAGCGAUGACAAAACGUUGCGUAUAUGGGACCUCUCCCCCAGCCACUGCAUGCUGGCUGUACGCAAACUCAGGAAAGGCGGCCGGUGCUGCUGCUUCUCCCCUGAUGGCAAGGCCCUGGCUGUGGGCCUGAAUGAUGGCAGUUUCAUCAUCGUGAACGCAGACACCCUGGAGGACCUGGUGUCCUUCCACCACCGCAAGGAUAUCAUCUCAGAUAUCAGAUUCUCUCCAGGAACUGGGAAGUACCUCGCAGUGGCCUCAGGAGACAGCUUUGUGGAUAUUUACAAUGUCAUGAGCAGCAAACGGGUGGGAGUGUGCAAAGGAUGUCUAAAUUACAUCACCCACCUGGACUGGGACAAGAGAGGAAAACUACUCCAGGUCAACACAGCGGCUAAAGAACAGUUUUUUUUCGAAGCGCCUCGUGGCAAGAGGCAGACCAUCCCAGCUACGGAGGUGGAGAAGGUUGACUGGAGCACAUGGACGUGUGUCCUGGGCACGUCCGUCGAGGGCGUCUGGCCCGUGAUCAGUGAAGUCACCGAGGUGACCGCUGCCUGCCUUAGCCAUGACAAGAAGGUGCUGGCCACAGGAGACGACCUCGGAUACGUCAAACUCUUCAGAUACCCCGUCAAGGGUAAAUAUGCAAAGUUCAAGCGCUAUGUGGCACACAGCACACAUGUUACCAAUGUGCGAUGGACCCAUGACGACAGCCUUUUGGUCACAGUGGGUGGGGGUGACACGUGCCUCAUGAUCUGGGCCCAUGAGCCAGAGGGCCUACGGGAAUUCAAACAGUGUGACAGCGAGGAGUCGGAUUUUGAGAGCGAGGAUGAUGGAGGUUACGACAGCGACGUGACGAGGGAGAACGAGAUCAACUACACCAUCAAGGCCUUAUCCACCAACAUUCGGCCAAUGACGGGAGUGAAGCCCCACCUGCAGCUGAAGGAGCCGUCUGUGGACGAAAGACAAGGUGUGGUCAGAGGGUCGAGGCCUCCCGUCAGCAGAGCACUGCCACAGCCAGAGAAGCUGCAGACCAACAACGUUGGCAAAAAGAAGAGACCAAUUGAGGAUCUGGUGCUGGAGCUGGUGUUUGGUUACCGCGGCAGUGACUGCCGCAAUAACGUGCAUUACCUGAACGAGGGGGCUGACAUCAUCUACCACACAGCCUCAGUCGGCAUCGUCCUUAACUUGACAACCUCCUGCCAAAGUUUCUAUGUCGAACACAGUGAUGAUAUUUUGUGCCUGACAAUCAAUCAACACCCUAAAUUCCCCAACGUGGUGGCAACUGGCCAAGUAGGUGAUAAUGGUGACAUGUCAGCCACGUCUCCUUCUAUACACGUGUGGGACGCCAUGACCAAGCAGACACUGUCGGUGCUGCGUUGUUUCCACUCAGGUGGAGUUUGCUCUGUCAGUUUCAGUGCCACAGGAAAACUCCUGCUGUCUGUCGGCCUGGACCCCGAACACACUGUCACCAUCUGGAAGUGGCAGGAAGGUGCCAAAGUUGCCAGUCGAAUAGGCCACACCCAGAGGAUCUUUGUGGCCGAGUUUCGGCCCGACUCAGACACACACUUUGUAUCCGUGGGCAUCAAGCAUGUGCGUUUUUGGACGUUGGCGGGCAGAGCUUUGCUCAGCAAGAAAGGAGUGCUGAGUUCCAUCGAAGAUGCUCGAAUGCAGACAAUGCUGUCUGUAGCAUUUGGAGCUAAUAACUUGACAUUUACAGGUACCAUAAGUGGGGAUGUGUGUGUGUGGAAGGAACACAUGCUAGUAAGAAUUGUGGCCAAAGCUCACACGGGCCCCGUGUUUACUAUGUACACCACACUGAGAGACGGCCUCAUCGUCACUGGUGGCAAAGAAAGGCCGUCAAAGGAUGGUGGCGCUCUUAAACUCUGGGACCAGGAGCUGAAACGCUGCAGAGCCUUUCGAUUAGAAACCGGGCAGAUCAUAGACUGUGUUCGCUCUGUAUGCAGAGGGAAGGGUAAAAUCCUGGUGGGGACCAGGAAUGCAGAGAUCAUUGAAGUGGGAGAGAAGAACGCGGCGUGCAACAUCUUGGUGAAUGGACACAUGGAUGGACCUAUAUGGGGUUUGGGCACUCAUCCUUCCAGGGAUGUAUUUCUAUCUGCUGCAGAGGAUGGAACUGUUCGUCUGUGGGACAUCCCAGAAAAGAAGAUGCUUAAUAAGGUGAACCUGGGCCACCCAGCGCAAACCAUCAGCUACAGUCCUGAGGGAGACAUGGUCGCCAUCGGCAUGAAGAAUGGAGAGUUCAUUAUCUUGCUUGUUGCCUCACUUAAAAUCUGGGGCAAGAAAAGGGACCGGCGUUCUCCUAUUCAAGAUAUAAGGUUUAGUCCAAAUUCCCGUUUCUUGGCCGUCGGCUCCACCGAGAGCGCCGUCGACUUCUACGACCUGACGCUCGGUCCGCAGCUGAACCGCAUCAACUGCUGCAGGGACAUCCCCAGCUUCGUCAUGCAGAUGGACUUCUCUGCUGACAGUAGUUACAUCCAGUUAUCCACAGGUUCUUAUAAACGACUGGUGUAUGAAGUGCCGUCCGGGAAGCAGAUCACAGAACAGACUCACAUUGAUAGGAUUACCUGGGCGACCUGGACAAGUGUCCUUGGGGACGAGGUCGUAGGGAUAUGGUCCCGUAACACUGACAAAGCAGACGUCAUCUGUGCCUGUGUGUCCCACUCUGGCCUGAACAUCGUCACGGGCGAUGAUUUCGGCAUGGUGAAGCUGUUUGACUUUCCCUGUCCGGAGAAGUUUGCCAAACACAAACGCUUUCUGGGUCAUUCUGCUCAUUUGACAAACGUACGUUUCACCAACGGAGAUCGCUUUGUUGUCAGCGCUGGUGGAGAUGACAGAAGCCUCUUUGUGUGGAGGUGCGUCCACGCCCCGCACUGAGCAUCCUCCCUGAACCAACCAACCUCAAGAAGUGUGGGCGUCUCCUAACGUGGCUCUCCGGAGAAAAGAAGGGAUGCGUUGAAGCGGUGAAGAGGAAAACAGACCUGGCAGCUCGAUAAUGAGUCUGAGUAGUGGUACGACUUACUGCCUCAAAUCUAGGUGCAUGCUCACAGUCCUGAUUGUGAAAACAGACGAAGGGCAUACAGCUCUGCCGUCAUGACAUCACAUUAUCAUCGACUUAAAAAAAAAAAAAAGAAUCUAAUGUGUGCAUAUCAUUCAGUGAUGGAUCAUAUAUAUAUGGAAAAAAAAAGAGAGUAUCUGUGUACAUUUUGCCACUUGGCAGGCCUAUUAAAUUGUGUUAACUGACAAUGCCAUUUUUAAGACAUGUAGCAAUCUGAAUUAGCCUUAAUCUGAGUGUCUGUGCAGGUCUGGGUUCUUUUUGUAUCUUUUUGUUUUACUUUUUGGAUCACGUAGUCCUGUCUUAUGUUUUUUACUGGUAACUCCAAAUCCUGUGGCCUUCCUCCUGAAUGUAACAUCCACUGUUAUGUUCUGGAUGUCAGCAUGCCAAAGCAUACUAUGCACUGUACACCUGACCUGGUCACUGUGUUGCCCCCGGUGGUUCCCUCGAGUUAACGUGGUUGUGUUGUUGGCUGGUUGAUUUCCGACCUCCCUCAGUGGCGUUCCCCUCAUGACAUGUUAACGUGUGCAUACUCGUUAGAGGAUGUGUUUGUGUUUUAAUGGGCGUGCAUGGCUUUGGGAGACAAUCUGUUCCAACCAAAUCCCUCAGAAAAACAAAUAAAAACUGCUGUACAUUGAUAUUUCAAUGCACUGUUGCAAUUUCUUGGGUCACUUUUUGUGUGCUGCUACGAUAUAUACAAUUGUUAUGUUUCAAUGAAUAUGAAUAGUGUGACUUCUAACAGUAAUGGUAAUGUUUUGUGUACUAUAUUGUGUAAAAGGAAUGUUUAUCAAAAAGGUGAAUAUAAGAAGUGCAAACACUUUCCUUGUAUUUAAAACUAACAACUAUACAAAAUGUUGCUGCAUAUUUUGAUUUACAUUUCAUCAGUGUACAUAUCAUUUGUAGAUAUUCUUUUUGUAUAUUUUUUGUGAGAUGUUUCUUAAAUUCCACUUUAGUAAUAAAAAAAAGCACCCAUGAACCUUACAGGUUUGAGUGAUUACUUGAAUUUACUUGAGCGACCCUCUCUUUUUCAGUCUAAUGAAUUUGUUGCAUCUUUGAUCCUCCACAUAAAAUACUAGUUAAAGGUAGGGGAUGCAAUUCUUCGUGAUAACAGAAUCUGCUGACUUUAA